AUGAGAAACCAUAUGGAAGCCGGCUGGUUCUACUCGGGAAAACAAAUCAAACAGUACUUCCUGACGCGAUUUACCAGUCUGAAACCUCCAAAAACAAAAAUCCGCAAUCCCAUUGCAGUUCUUCGCGAUCUCGAUCGUCAUCAAUGGCUCAUGUUCACCGUGGGUCUGCUAGGAUGGGUCUGGGACGCAUUUGACUUCUUCACCGUGUCCUUUUGCCUGACCGAGAUCGUCGCCGAGUUCAAGACGACAGACACUGCCGUAUCGUGGGGCAUCACCGUCACUCUGAUGCUCCGCUCCGUCGGCGCCAUCAUCUUUGGCGCCUUGUCGGACCGCUAUGGCAGGAAAUGGCCCAUGAUUAUCAACCUGGGGCUGUUUAUCAUCCUCGAGCUCGGGACGGGGUUCACGCAGAAUCUGUCGCAGUUCUUGGCGGUUCGAUCCCUCUAUGGAAUCGCCAUGGGAGGCUUGUACGGUCCCGCUGCUGCUACGGCUCUCGAGGACCUGCCGUACGAUGCGCGUGGUCUGCUCUCGGGCGUCUUUCAGACCGGGUAUUCCAUGGGAUAUCUGCUAACGGCUGUGUUCUAUCGUGCACUUGUACCAACCACGGUCCAUGGAUUUAGAUCGCUAUUUUGGUUCGGUGCUGGACCACCCGUCCUCAUCAUUGCGUUUCGUUGGUAUCUGCCCGAGACCAAUGCAUUCUUAGUCAUGAAGGCUGAGAGGGAGGCUACGCUAGCUCAUAAGAACGAGGGAAGUGACAAACAUGCUUCUCGUGCAUGGCUCAAGGAGUUUGCGUCGGGACUCAAGUCAAAUUGGGUCUUGUUUGCAUACUUGGUCAUUCUCAUGACUGGGUACAACUCUUCUAGUCACGGUAGCCAGGACCUAUAUCCCACGUUCCUCAAGAGUCAAGUCGGACUGAGCGCAACCGACGUGACAAUAACCAGUGUGGUGGGGCAAUUCGGUUCCAUGAUUGCCUCGGCCAGUCUCGGGUGGCUGUCAUCUUUUGCCGGCCGCAGGCUCACCAUGAUCUCCGGAUGUAUCUACGGCGCCGCUGUCGUCCCAGCAUACGUCCUUCCGCGCUCGAGAAAACUCAUCGCAAGCGCCUUUUUCCAACAAUUUGCCAUUGGCUGGGUCUUUGGGCCGAUUCCCAUUUACCUGAGUGAGAUGGCACCGCCGCAAUUACGAAGUACCGUCCUUGGUCUCACGUACCAGCUCGGGAAUCUGGCGUCAUCAGCUUCCGUGACUAUCCAGACCACUAUUGGUGAGCGAUUUCCCUUGCCUUCGGAGAAUGGUGUUGCGCGCUACGAUUAUGGAAAAGUCAUUGGCAUAUUCUUGGGAGUCGUGUGGGUCUUCAUGCUUGUAGUCACGUUUCUGGGGCCCGAGAUGAGCGAGGAUGAGAGGGCUGAGCAAAGUGCCUCGGCCAACUAUCUUGAGAACCUGAGAAAAGACGGGGUGAGUCUAGCAGAGAUUGGAGUACUGAGGGCAAAGGCAACCGUAGAAACUAUAGAAAAAGUGGAAACAGGGUCAAAGGGAAACUCUUCAAGUGUCUAA